AUCCCUAAGGAAAAAUACAUAAUAAUCAUCGCCAUUUAAAGUAMUUUAUUAGGGCAAAGGAUAUAGAUAUAAUAUAAUACUGAAAGUCAUAUAAAUUUAUUGAUUUUUAAAUUUUGAMACUGAAAUCCAGUCGCGGAAAGCACAGGAAACCCAGCCACUUUCUGCAAGCUCGACASUUCUUCGAMAUCGCGCAAACAAGGCGUCUUAGAAUUUAARCCUUUAUGUUCAAAUCUGUUUYAUUAUGGCUCCUGGUCUUAUAACCACUAAUGUCCUUCACCUAGAGAGUGAUAUUGGUACUUGUCAAAUCGAGCUGUGUGUUGGAGAUAUCACAAAACUUCAACSAGAGGACAAAGUCGACGUUCUUGUCGUGUCUGCGUUCCCAGGUGAUUACACUCCAACACCCUAUUCACUGAUUGGUCAACUACAAAUAAAGCUUGGAAUAAGUGUUGAAGAUCUAUCUGAAGACAAAGAAGAGGAUCUGAGAAAGCAGUAUUUCUGCUGGUGGUCAAAGCCUCUCCCCGACCACUUAAGUUAUAGAAGAGUUUUGUGUUUCGAAGGAGGUUUUCCAGCUACCAGUCCCCCAAGGGUCAUUGGUAGGAUUUUCAUGUGCCUGGUACCUAUUCUCAAGAAUACAGAGGGCUCUGUUGUUAUGCCUUUGAUUACUACUGGAGAUCAGGGUUAUCCCAAGAAACUGGUCUUAAGACAAAUACUGAAAGCUGCAGUAAACUGGAUUAAAACUGGUUUACCUUUACGGACAUUGAAGAUUGUAUUGUUCUCAAGAAAUCCCCAAAAAGAAGAUAAAUCUUUUGUACCUUUGUUUCAACUGUUCGAGGAGUACAAAGCAGAAGUUGAAAAUAAGGAUCUGGUUGAAGAAAGUGAGAAGGAAGAGGGUGCAAUCCAUCUUUAUGACAUUUACAUUUCCCACUGCGAUAAAGACCACAAUACAGCACUUCAAGUGAAGGAAUAUCUCCAAGAAAAAGACGAGCUGAAAGUUUUUGACGAAAUUCAAAACCUUGAUGCCGACAAAUCCUGGCAAGAUGAUAUAUAUGACAUAAUGGUGAAAUGYACCCGUGUYGUAACACUCCUCAGUCCAAACUAUUUGUCCUCAGAAAGUUGCAUAGAGCAAUACAACAUGGCRUUGUGUAUCAGUCGCAGAAAGCAUAAAGAAGUGCUKGCACCUUUCUAUGUUCAAAGUGUGGAGUAUUUGCCAACAUAUAUGGGUUUGAUGCAGUAYGUUGAUUGCAGACCAAAUGACCUGGAAAAGCUAAAAGGUGCAUCAGAUUCUGUCCAGUUGUGGCUUAAGACGAACAACGUGAAAUCAGUACACCAAGAGCAGRCGGCCGCUGUAGAGAAACCAUUGACUUCUUCCCAAGAGUAUGAAGUGUUUAUAUCGUAUUCGCACUGUAAUGAUGACAAAGCUCGUCAAUUAUACAAGGCUUUGAAAACCUUUGCUCCCAACUUGAACGUCUACAUCUAUACAGCUGGCUUAAAGACUGGUACUUCCUGGCAACAGUCUCUAUUUCAUGCAUUAGACGAUUCAAAGGUUGUCAUAGCCUUGCUGUCAGAAGACUAUUUCAAGUCCAAAGURUGCAAAGAGGAGUAUUCUUUAGCAAUUKCGUUACACUUGGACAGCGAAAGGGACUUCAAGUUAGUGACAGUACUCAUUGAAGAUGUGGAAGAAGUGCCCGUGUGGUGUUCAAAGCCACACCCAGUAGAUUGCACUUCGCUGGAUCAAGCAGAGCACGUCAUUUCUACCGUUGCAAAAGGAAUUGUCAAUUCUCUGAAAGGAGAAAAAAGUAAAAAGUACUUGUAG